UUAGGCUCGGUGCCAGGGCCAAGGGUUAGGGUUUUAGGGUCAGAGCCACGGCCCAGGGUUAGGGUUUUAGGGUCAGGGCCUGGGCCCAGGGUUAGGUUUUUAGGGUCAGGGCCCAGGGUUAGGGUUUUAGGGUCAGAGCCCAGGGUUAGGGUUUUAGGGUCAGGACCCAGGGUUAGGGUUUUAGGGUCAUGGCCCAGGGUUAGGGUUUUAGGGUCAGGGCCCUGGGUUAGGGUGAUUUCCAGGAAGUGACCUCACAGUGACUCAAGCUACCACUUACUGUUGAUUGUGAUGAAAUGCCAGCUGAGGCACAUGCCUUGGGGGCUAAGUGGUUGCUGCCCUUGACUACUAUGAAGACUGGUGUGGGAAGGGUCGCUUUGGAUGCACUUGAGCGGGGGUCCCCAACCCCUGAGCCAUGGAGCCGUAAGGAGCCACACAGCAGGUGAGUGGUGUCGAGUGAGGGAGUGAGGGAAGCUUCGUCUGUAUUUACAGCCACUCCCCUUUGCUCACAUUCCCGCCUGAGCUCCACCUUCUCAGAUGAGCAGCAGCAUUAGAUUCUCAUAGGAGAACGCACCCUGUUGUGAACCGUGCAUGUGAGGGAUCUAGGUUGCGCUGUUCUUAUGAGAAUCUAAUACCUAUUGAUCUGUCACUUUCUCCCAUCACGCUCAGGUGGGACCAUCCAGUUUCAGGAAAACAAGCUUAACACGCCCACUGAUUCUACAUUAUGCUCCUACCUCCCGGCAGCCUCGCCAGGCCCAGAACUCUCUCCAGUCAGCCUCUACAGACCAAGCUCAUGACUCACAAUGGCCUAUUUAGGCCCAUACCCUACCUCACGGCAGUCUCCACAGAUGAGCCUACUGCCUCACAACAGCCUCCACAGGCACAGCUCCAUCGUUACAAUGGCCUCUUUAGACCCAGCUCCUGCCUCCCAGCCUUCUCUCCAGGCCCUGAACUUUCUCCGUAAGUUGAGGUAGCUGGGACUGUAGGUAUACAUGACGAUACUUGGCUAAUCUUUAAAUUGUUUUGCAGACAUGGGGUCUCACUUUGUUGGCCAGGCUGGUGUCAAACUAAUGGCCUCAAGUGACCCUUCCACCCCUGCCUCCCAUCCUCGAGGUAUGUGCCACCACAAGGGGCACUUGUUCAAUUUUCUAAAGAAAAAAUUUCUAAAGUAAGGCUGUGGGAUGAUGGCAGGAAGAUAAAAGAAAAACAGAAGAAUAAGUUAAAAUGACUUAUUCACACAUAUUCUUUUGACAGCAAGAAGAACUUUUAGUAUAUACAUUCCUUACAAACAAACAAACGGCAGAUAAACAAUGUUGUAUAGGAACUUCAACACACACUGUACAAUAUUCCCACUUUGCUGACAUAAGUUAUGGAAAUUUCGUGGUUUCCUUGAGUGUCGCUAGCAGUAUUUUGCUUCUCUGAUGAUUUUUAUCAACUUCCUCAUCUGUUAACUUCUCUCCAAAGUAUGUCAUGUCACGACAUACUGCCGCUGCACGAACACGGGCAGUGUCUUCCUAUUAAACAUGUAGAAUGCUUUCCUAACUUCUCUUUUUACUCUCUGUCUUUGUGUUCUGCAUUUUCCUUACUUUUAUUGUCAGAAACUCCAGAAAGUCAAUCGUACUAAUUUAUCACGAUUUGCUUUAUUAAUUUAUACUAUGCUUAUAUGGAAUUUUGCCCAACAGACCUCAUUACAAUUUGGGCCAGGGCCCAGGGUUAGGGUUGUUUCAGGGUCAGGGCCAGGGCCCAGUGUUAGGGUUGUUUUAGGGUCAGGGCCAGGGCCCAGGGCUAGGGGUGUUUUAGGGUCAGGGCCAGGGCCCAAAGUUAGGGUUGUUUUAGGGUCAGGGCCCAGGGUUAGGGUUUUAGGCUCAGGGCCAUGGCCCAGGGUUAGGGUUUUAGGCUCAGGGCCAGGGCCCAGGGUUAGGGUUUUAGGCUCAGGGCCAGGGCCCAGGGUUAGGGUUUUAGGGUCAGGGCCAGGGCCCAGGGUUAGGGUUUUAGGCUCAGGGCUAGGGCCCAGGUUUAGGGUUUUAGGUUCGGGGCCAGGGCCCAGGGUUCGGGUUUUAGAGUCAGGGCCAGGGCCCAGGGUUAGGGUUUUAGGCUCAGGGCCAGGGCCCAGGGAUAGGGUUUUAGGAUCAGUGCCAGGGCCCAGGGUUAGGGUUUUAGGGUCAGGUCCAGGGCCCAGGGUUAGGGUUUUAGGGUCAGGGCCAGGGCCCAGGGUUAGGGUUUUAGGCUCAGGGCCAGGGCCCAGGGUUAGGGUUUUAGGCUCAGGGCCAGGGCCCACGGUUAGGGUUUUAGGCUCGGUGCCAGGGCCAAGGGUUAGGGUUUUAGGGUCAGAGACAGGGCCCAGGGUUAGGGUUUUAGGGUCAGGGCCUGGGCCCAGGGUUAGGUUUUUAGGGUCAGGGCCCAGGGUUAGGGUUUUAGGGUCAGAGCCCAGGGUUAGGGUUUUAGGGUCAGGACCCAGGGUUAGGGUUUUAGGGUCAUGGCCCAGGGUUAGGGUUUUAGGGUCAGGGCCUGGGCCCAGGGUUAGGGUUUUAGGGUCAGGGCCCAGGGUUAGGGUUUUAGGGUCAGGGCCCAGGGUUAGGGUUUUAGGGUCAGGACCCAGUGUUAGGGUUUUAGGGUCAUGGCCCAGGGUUAGGGUUUUAGGGUCAGGGCCCAGGGUUAGGGUGAUUUCCAGGAAGUGACCUCACAGUGACUCAAGCUACCACUUACUGUUGAUUGUGAUGAAAUGCCAGCUGAGGCACAUGCCUUGGGGGCUAAGUGGUUGCUGCCCUUGACUACUAUGAAGACUGGUGUGGGAAGGGUCGCUUUGGAUGCACUUGAGCAGGGGUCCCCAACCCCUGAGCCAUGGAGCCGUAAGGAGCCACACAGCAGGUGAGUGGUGUCGAGUGAGGGAGUGAGGGAAGCUUCGUCUGUAUUUACAGCCACUCCCCUUUGCUCACAUUCCCGCCUGAGCUCCACCUUCUCAGAUGAGCAGCAGCAUUAGAUUCUCAUAGGAGAACGCACCCUGUUGUGAACCGUGCAUGUGAGGGAUCUAGGUUGCGCUGUUCUUAUGAGAAUCUAAUACCUAUUGAUCUGUCACUUUCUCCCAUCACGCUCAGGUGGGACCAUCCAGUUUCAGGAAAACAAGCUUAACACGCCCACUGAUUCUACAUUAUGGUGAGUUCUAUAAUUAUUUUAUUAUAUAUUCCAGUGUAAUAAUGGAAAUGAAGUGCCUAAUAAACGUAAAUGUGCUUAAAUCUUCUGGCCCAGCUCCUACCUCCCGGCAGCCUCGCCAGGCCCAGAACUCUCUCCAGUCAGCCUCUACAGACCAAGCUCAUGACUCACAAUGGCCUAUUUAGGCCCAUACCCUACCUCACGGCAGUCUCCGCAGAUGAGCCUACUGCCUCACAACAGCCUCCACAGGCACAGCUCCAUCGUUACAAUGGCCUCUUUAGACCCAGCUCCUGCCUCCCAGCCUUCUCUCCAGGCCCUGAACUUUCUCCGUAAGUUGAGGUAGCUGGGACUGUAGGUAUCCAUGACGAUACUUGGCUAAUCUUUAAAUGUUUUGCAGACAUGGGGUCUCACUUUGUUGGCCAGGCUGGUGUCAAACUAAUGGCCUCAAGUGACCCUUCCACCCCUGCCUCCCAUCCUUGAGGUAUGUGCCACCACAAGGGGCACUUGUUCAAUUUUCUAAAGAAAAAAUUUCCAAAGUAAGGCUGUGGGAUGAUGGCAGGAAGAUAAAAGAAAAACAGAAGAAUAAGUUAAUAUGACUUAUUCACACAUAUUCUUUUGACAGCAAGAAGAAUUUUUAGUAUAUACAUUCCUUACAAACAAACAAACGGCAGAUAAACAAUGUUGUAUAGGAACUUCAACACACACUGUACAAUAUUCCCACUUUGCUGACAUAAGUUAUGGAAAUUUUGUGGUUUCCU